AUGAAUACCGAUAGUAGACUUAUACCCGAGGCAACUGAGUAUUGUUUGUUCUCCCUACGCCAUUCAUCCAUCCUAUUUCCAUCCAAACUAACUAGAGCAGUAAAUACCAACGAAUCUCGAGUCGAACUAGCAAGAUGCCUCGGGGAACUGCGCGAACGCUUCCCUGAUGAUCCCAAACUGCGCGAUGGGCCAUUGCACCCGCUCUGCAAAUACAUUGUUGCCGAAGAAGGCUCAAUUUCACCUGCUCGUCAGCUACAUAACCUCAAGAUUACCGGAAAUCAAACGUAUCAACCACUUGGGUGCCUGUAUCGAAAACACCGCAUACGCCUGCAGGAGGACACAGCUACUGAUGGCGAAAAUUUGACUUCUUCUCUUUCCAAUAGCAACGAUUCGAGUGACCAAUGCCACAACAGUGAUGAAUCCACUCCACCCACCAGUGACAAUACGUCAGAUACCAAUGGCAAUAGUUCCCACACCUCCGACAGCAAUCAAUCAAGUAACCUCGUCUCCAAUGGUGAUUCUUCAAAUUCUGUUCUGACCAAUAGGAAUUCAUCGAGUGUUGCAGUCUCUUCACCGAGCGCUGCAGUCUCCAAUGGCAGUCGUACGAAUACCCAAAACCGCGGAUAUUCCAGUAUCUCAGUCCCUAAUGGAGAACAUACGAGUGUCUUUAUCCGCAUACGGGAACAUUCAGGGGCCCUAGCAGCCGCUGGCAAUCGUUCUGGCGACCCUACUCCCACGGCCAAUAGUUCGAAUAUCCAGCUCUCUAAUGAUGACCACCAAAGCACCCCACCCACAAUGAUGAAUGUCAAGCGUCUAGCAGAGAUCAUAUUCUUCUUUAGAGGAGAGUUGACGCAAGGAGAAAUUGCAAAUUUACUACCAAAAGAAGCAGAAUACGCAGAUAAACGAUGGCAGAUACCGACGAUGAUCAAGAAAGUCAAGGACGACAUGAGAAGUAGAAUGAUUGAGGAUACCGCCAUACCCAUCAUGAUGUUAGUCAGCUUUCCCUAUUUUACCUUUUUCUUUCUAAAGAAUGUCCGAUUAACUUCCAAAGGUUUCUACUUCGAGACCAGGGUUUUUUCCCACGUCCAGAUUCCGCUACCAAAGGUUCCCCCGUUAACCCCAUUGUCAAAACUCCAAACGAUCGUCUAAAAUUCUGGCUAAUGGCACAUCAAAAACAUCCAGCAUUACUAAUAUGGUGGCUUGCAACAUGCAUAGGCCACGUCGUCAACAUCAAAUGGUACUUUCAAGGUCGAGAAGAGGAAGACCUGAUCAUUCAGCAACACAAAGAUGCAAUACGAUUACAGUUCCGCAACCGAUAUAUAUACAUUCUGGAUAUAUUGUUUAUGCAUGUACUGGACCUUCCCAAAUAUUCGGGGAUGGAUGGUGGAUGGGACCCUGCGGCUAAAAGGCUUGUACGUAUAAUCUCGCCUUUUUUCCAACCCGCAUCGAAUGAACCUAUGAUCUAAUUCGCAUAUUCGAAAUAGGUCCAACAGAUGUAUCGUGAAUGGAGCGAUUGCGAGAAUGAAGCUAAAGACCCAAUUAAUAACCUCUGUGGAUUUCCCGAGGGGAAAAUUCCACAAAUUAGGGAUGAGGGUACUUCUCGAUAUACUUACAUGUACAAAUUCGGAACAACUCAAGUCAAUUUGAAACCCGAAGGGUUGACAGAAAAGUCUCCCAGAAAGUUACGCAGAAGGUCCAGUGCAAGGUCAACCUCAGAAUUCAGCUCAGAGUGGAGGGGAAACUCGAGCGAUAAUGAAGAGCGAAGUGAAGCGUCGGGCGAAGAGUUGAGCGAAGGAGAAGAAUCAAGCGAAGAGGAACAGUCGAGCAAAAAGCCAGCAACAACCCUAAAUGAGCCAAAGACUAAAUUGGUCGCAACAGAUUGCGUAUUGAGGUUCGUGAGAAAAACCAAAUACGGUAUCAAGGAAGGGGUGAGAAAGGACCGUGUAAAUGCUGUAAUGGGCUCGAUCGUGUUCGAAGUGGUGGACAUCUGAGGAAUGUGAGAGCGGAUUUGCUACUUGAGAUCCCUUUAUGCUGUGUGGUUUAUUGCUAUUGUUUUGGGGAAGUUGAGGUAGAUGAGAGAUGCAUUGGAUAGUGGAAUUGGGAGAUUGCUUUUUGCAUAACUGGCGUUGGG